AAAAAAAGUUAGCAUCAAACGUGAAAACUGAAAAGUCACAUUUAAUCACGUGAUUAUUAAUAAUAUGGACUAAUUAAACUUGUACUACUGACGUUACUCAACAGAAAAAUGGAUCCCUAUUCCCUACCAGGACAUUAUGGUAGAGUUCCCGUUCUGAUUUCUUCAUUUAUAUUUAUACCUAAUAUUUUACUUACUGUUAUUCAUAGCUCAAUAUCGAGUUUCUUACGUUUUACUCCACCAGGCGGUCUUCUUACCUAUGGACAAACCUCGCGAGGUGGCUAUACUUCUGGUAUUCCCACACAAUCAUGUACAGCUAAUAUGGCUCCUAGACCAGGUUAUGGUAUACCUUUGGAUAGUAUAUCACCAAUGGCAGCUCCAGGUUCAGAAAUAGAAAGAUUGCCAACUCUUUUCAUUGGUGGGAUAUCAUGGAAAAAUUCUCAAGGUAGUGAUCAAUUAUUUAAUUUUUGGUUAAAGCCGAUGAAAAUACAAGAAAAUAUCUUGGCUUCAAGAUCUUGUUGCAGAGCACGUAAAUUAGCUAUCGUGGAUGAAGCAGAUAGGUUGCGUGAACAGCAAGAAAUUGAGCUUGAACAACAUCGAUUACAGACGCUUAAGAAGAAAGAAAGCAGCGUGAAGAUGCUAUGGAAGUAGAAUUAAAUAAUGAAAAAGAAAUUUUAACGCUUGCCACAAAUGGUACUUCACAAAAUAAUAGCGUUAAACCAAAACUAACUCUUAAUCACGUCGCGCGGCAUUAAUGGCCUCAGCUGGAAUUUGACGAUGAAGAAGUGAAGGGAUUGAAUCAAAACGUAAACGUCGGAUUUUAAUUCCUUUAGAAUAUAGUGAUAAUGAGGACAAUGAAAA